AUGCCGGGCGCAACUCUCCCCACCUUCACCAUCGACCAGGUCGAGUCGCACAACUCAGCAAAGUCUUGCUAUGUCACCGUUGGCAAGAAUGUCUACGACGUGACCGACUUCCUCGACUCUCACCCCGGCGGUGCUGAGCUUGUCCUCGACUGGGCCGGCAAAGACAUUGGCGCCAUCCUCAAGGAUGAGGCGUCGCAUACUCACUCCGAGGCCGCAUACGAAGUCCUUGACGAGUCGCUGGUGGGAUUUCUCGAAUCUGGAAACGAUGCUUCAGCGAACGGAAAGGCAAAGGGCGGAGAGAACGGAACAGAAGAGCAGUGGGUUCAUCCUCGGACGGGUAUGUCCUGCGAAGAGGACCUCAGCAAGGACACCGACUACAACGCCGAUUACAAGACACACAAGUUCCUCGACUUGAACAAGCCGCUGUUCAUGCAGAUCUGGAGAGGUGGUUUCUCCAAGGACUUCUACCUUGACCAAGUCCACCGUCCGCGCCACUACAAGGGAGGAGAGUCUGCGCCUUUGUUUGGCAACUUUCUCGAGCCUCUGUCAAAGACUCCCUGGUGGUUGAUUCCUCUUGUCUGGUGGCCACCCAUCUCUUACGGUCUCUACGUCGCAUUCUCGGGCUUUGGUAGCGUUGCUCCUGUGGCCGGCUAUUUCGGAUUUGGCCUUUGCUUCUGGACAUUGAUCGAGUACAUUCUCCAUCGCUUCCUGUUCCACCUUGAUUACUACCUCCCUGACAACCGCGUCGGCAUCACUGCCCACUUCCUCCUCCACGGCAUCCACCACUAUUUGCCCAUGGACAAGUACCGCCUCGUCAUGCCACCCACCCUCUUCGUGGUCCUGGCCGCUCCCUUCUGGAAGUUCGCCCACGCCGUCCUGUUUUACAACUGGUACGCCGCCACGGCUGCCUUCUGCGGCGGUGUCUUUGGCUACACCCUCUACGACAUGACACACUACUUCCUUCACCACCAGAACCUGCCCGCCUACUACAAGGCGCUCAAGAAGUACCACCUUGCCCACCACUUCCUCGACUACGAGAACGGCUUUGGAGUCACCAGCGCCUUCUGGGACAAGAUCUUUGGUACCGAGCUUGUGUACAACACCAAGACGAACUAA